AUGGAGGCCGUCGCCGUCUUCAAUCCCACCGUCCACCUCGCCCGCUCCUACACCGCCCCGGCCAAUAAGAAGAACUCAUCCACCGCCACCGCCGCCCGACGUCCCAGCGGCCCCUCCUCGACCACCUCCGCCCGCUUCCCCAACAACAACAACAACAACAACAACAUGACGGCGCAUACGACCAAUCACCCUUCCCUACUUCAUUCGCAGGGCCAUACGAGCUCGAAUUACAGUAUCCAGUCACAGCCCUCGAGUCGGAGUAGCGAUGGCACGCAGGGGACUUCACACAGCACACUUUUCGCCCCGCCCCCAUUACCGCCUGGCGCGGCGGCGCUGGCCAAUGGAGAAGUCACGGCGACGGAUAACGUGAUGAACAGCGUGGCCGACGCCUCGAGUUCGCUGUUCCAAAUAUGUGUAUCGCUGCGGCAGAGAUUGAUUGGCGUGCCCGGGUUUCGGGAGUGGUUGAUUGGUGAGGAGGAAGAGGCGGACGAUGAUACGGAUCCCGUGACAUUACUUUGGCGGACAUUCCGGAGGGGGCUGCCGCUGAUGAUGCUGUAUAAUGCGCUCAAUCCUAGUCAGCCGCUCGAAUUAAAGGUCGGUGUGAAGGAGGAGAAGAGUGGCAAGGCUGCGACGUAUAAAUUCUUGCAGGCCUGCGUGAACGAUCUCAAGUUCCCGCAGGACCAAUGCUUCAUCAUCACCGAUCUCUACGGCGACGACACGACUGGGUUUGUGAAAGUGGCACGUGUGGUGAAUCGGGUGCUCGAUAUCCUGGUGCAAAGAGGAUUGGUGGAUGAUGUGAGACCGACGGCGAAUGACUUUGAGCAAGCGGAGAAGGGACUCAAGCGAUCACAACGGCAACACAUUGUCCAUGAGCUGGUGAGCACAGAGCGAACAUAUGUGCAACAUCUGGAACUUUUGCAGGCCUUCAAACAUUUAGUGGAAGAGAAAGGCAUCAUACCCGGAGACGCCAUCCACGACAUUUUCCUCAACCUCAACUCAUUACUAGACUUCCAACGCAGGUUCCUAAUCCGCGUCGAGCAAACAAACGCGCAGCCGGAAGAAGAGCAGAAUUGGGGCAAACUCUUCAUCAUGUACUGUGAGGCUUUCAAAGUAUAUGAACCGUAUAUCGCCAAUCAGAGGAAGUGUGAGAAGACGGUUGUAGCAGAAUUCUCGAAACUCAAGGACGCGGGCGGGAGUGAUCAGAUGCGACAGAUGGUUGAGAGUUCACCUACGCUUUAUGGAUUUUUGAUGAAGCCCUUUCAACGGUUGAGUAAAUAUCCGCUGUUGCUGAAAGAUUUAUAUAAAAAGGGAGAUCUGGAUGAUGCGAAGAAGCUGGAUUUGCUGAUGGGUGAGGAGGCGGCGACAUCGAUACUAACCCGGACCAACGAAGCCAUCGAUCGUGAAGAGAAGGCCGCCGCUGUGCAGGAGCUGAAAGUGAGAGUGGAGGACUGGAAGGGCCAUCGCGUUGAAGGCUUCGGUCAACUUCUCUUGUACGGCACCUUCACCGUCCUAAAAAGUGAGAACCUGGCUUCGGGCAAGGACGGCGAGCGACAAUACCAUGUCUACCUCUUCGAGACCAUCCUGCUCUGCUGCAAGGACAUCGACCCCACCAAGCCCAAGAACAAGAUGCUGAACAAACAGCUCGUGGACCGGCAAAGCGGCAAGCCGAAACUACAACUCAAGGGCCGUAUUUUCAUGCAGAAUGUUACCGAGGUGGUGAAGAUUUCCAAACAAGGCUCAUACACGUGUCAGAUUUUCUGGAAGGGGGAUCCGAGUAUUGAGAAUUUCAUCGUGCGGUUCACAACGCAGGAGAUGUUGCGAAGGUGGGGGGAGCAGAUUGAUGCGCAGAGGGUGCAGUAUAGGAGUAAGACGGGCAGGGAUAGUGAUGGGAGUCGGAGUGGCGGUGGCGGUGGCGGGGGUGGUGGAAGUGGAGGUGGGAGUGGGGGAGGGACGAGUGCGACGCAGUUUGCUUUUAUGCAGAAUCAGCCGCUGUUGGAGAACCCUUAUGCGAAGAUGGCGCAGGAGGAGGAUGAGGAGGACCAGGAGGAUGAUGGGCUGGAGACGUUGGUGGGGAGUGGGUCGUCGUCGGUGCAGUAUGGGAAUGGUAAUGGUGGGUAUCCUUAUCCCGGCCGGGAGUUCGAGGACAGCCGGAAUGCGUCGAGUAGUAGUUUGCGGUCACGCAGCACGACUGGUGACAGCGGUGCCGGGCCGACGCCUAAUCUGGGACGGGCGCACCCGCCGCGGUUUGCGCAGGGCUCGCUGUCACAGCAGCAGGCGAGCCUUUCGUUACGGACGCAGCAGCUGAGCAACGCGGCUAUGAGCCCGAGCGGUCGGAUGCCGGAGCAGGACAGCUACUUCUCUCCCACCGGCGACUCUCCACAGAAUUCCAUUCGGACGUCGAGUUCCAGCGGCAUGUACCCUUUUCCCCGACAGCUUUCGGGCGGUGGCGCGCCCCCGACGUCUCAGCCCAUGAUGCCGAAUGGAGCCGGGGCGUAUUGGGAUGAGCAGCAAGGUGCCUAUUCGUCACAUGGUCAGACUUAUAGUCAGGACUAUCAUCGACAACCACCUCAUGGCGGACAAUCUCGCUUUACUGCUCCGGCGAUCGGACGGCAAAGGGAGCCGAGUGUUACUACCGCGAAUGGGUAUGGGCCACAUACGGGACGACCUACGGGACCUGGGAGUCGCAUGCAUAGCGCGCAACAGAUGCCGACGCAGCAGCAUCGGAAUCGAUCGGCGAGUUCGCCGGAUAUCCAUCAGGGUGGGCCUCGCGGGGGUGUACCGGGCACAGCAUUGAGAAAUGGUGCUGGCCAGCAGCAGCCGCCUGUGCCUGAUAUGCCCACAAAUUACCAAUACCCCGGUGGCCGAGCGAGUCCGGCGUCGGCAGUUAUCGGCAUGGCAGGUACGAUGCCCAGCCGUCAAAGCCCGCAAUUACUGCGAGAACGAAGCUAUCAAGUCGGACGACUGGGCUCACAGCAGAACCAUGGCCAAGGUCAACCCUCAAUAGAUCAGAGUUUCUCCCGCACCGGCACUCCAGUCUCCAUGAGCAAUCGCAGCGGAACCCCCGUCACCACAACAGGAGCAGCAGCAGCAGCAGCAGCAGGAGCGCCGCCUUUGCCCCCACCGCCCACAACCGCCAUCCCCAACCCCCCGCCGCCGCAGCCGCAGUCAUCAAACCUCGACCUCCCCGCCCCAACACAGUUGAAAGUCAAAGUCCACUGUCCCUCCGCCUCUCAAACCCUCACCCUGGUCGUCCCGCUAAAUAUCUCCUACCAAAGCCUCAAAGACCGCAUCGACGCCAAGUUGCAGCGGAGCACGAAUCUGAGUCUGGGGACUUCUGGUGGGGGUGGGGGCGGUGGGAGGGAAGGGCAGCAAGUGGUCAAGUUGAAGUAUUUGGAUGAGGAGGACUUUGUGAGUAUUUUGAGUGAUGAGGAUGUGCUUACGGCUUUUGAGACGUGGAGGGAGCAGAGGGGUGGGGGGGUGGAGGGGAGUGGGACGGGGCCGGGGGGAAUGGGGGAGAUUGAGCUGUUCUGUCAGCGGUGA